UGUUCGGCCAUCGUUGGUCCCCGCCCUUGUUCCACACUGUCAGUCAGUGGUUUAAAGAGCUAUGUGUUUACACUCCAGAGAGAUGUGCUAACUUUUAGUUGCAUUUUUACUUUACAGCCUACUCACUUUUGUGGACCCCCACCACCCGGACAUGGAGCUGGACCGACGGCUGUUGUUGGCUCACUGUACCGCUCACGCCCUCUCCAUGGCGGCGGGCUUGCUGGUGGUGGUCCCGAUGGCUCUCAAUGGCUCCGCUUUCAAAGGCCGUUGUGCACUUUUUUCCAGCGGCUACUGGAGGACCGAGUCCGGCUCCGACGGAGCAGAGACGGGGGUUGUCGCCCACCGCCUGGUGGUGCAGCAGUGGGGCUCACCGGCGGCCUGCCAGUUUGCCACUUUCGUGGGCAUUUUCACCGUGCUGUACGGGGCGGCGCAGGGCUGGAGGAGUCUCUUCUACCUCCACGGACGACAUGACGACACGUUGUUUUCGUCCUUCCUGACGGUGCUGCUGAGUGCGUGUAUGCUCUUCCUGUCCGGAGGCGCCAGUGUCAUCUUGUCUCUCGGUCUGGCCUCCUGGUGUGACACGGUGACUGACAACAACACACAACCCUUCAGCUGUGUGGCGUCACAGUCUGUGCCGCUUUACCUUGACGUGGACACCUCAUCCUUCUACACGGAACUCAGUCUGGCACAGGCAUCUUUGUGGUGUGUGACGCUCCUGUGGUUGGUUCAGUCCAUCCUGGCCUUCAUGCGUCUUUACCACUUGCACAGCGGGGUGUGUCUCCUGCGGGAGAAGGAGCUGCUGCUGAGGGACGCUGCGUCCGAGGGCUCCCCGGCUACGCCGUAUCCUCUGGAAACUCCCACCAUCUUGGUCUGAUGCCUAAUUGUUUGUUUGUUUUCCCUUUUAUACAUUUGUCUUCCUCAUGUUGAGCCACGUUGCACUGCUAGCAUUGUUAGCCCAGCUUGCAGCGCCACUGCAGCAGCAUGACGACGUAUUCUCACAUGAAUCCAAACAUACUGUAAGUGUAGCGCUGUAGUCUGUAUGGUAAAUAUCUCUGCAUGGAUUUGCAGAUGAUUUUGUCUGUGGAGCAUUGCAAAAUAUUCAGAGAAAAAGUAAUCAUGUUGGGAGAAUAAAGUCAAAAUAUUAUGGGCAUAAAGUUAUAAUUACAAGAAGAAAGUUGAAAUAGUUACAUUAUAAAUUUACCACUUUAUUCUCGCAAUGUAACAACUUUUUUCUUGUUAAAUUUCAGAAGUUUUUUCUUGUAAAUGCAUCACUUCAUUCUCGCAAAUUUGCAACUUUUUUCCCUCGUAAAUUCACGGGUAAUAAAGUCAUAAAUUUAAGAUUUUCUUCUCGUAAUAUUACAGCUUUUUUUCUCGCAAAAGUACAACUUUAUGCCCUGUAAUUUCAUGAGAACAAAGCCAUACAUUUACGACUUUUUUUCUCAUAAAUUUCCCCCCCAAAAUUUUUGUAUAUGUACCACUUUUUUCCCAAAAUGUCCCAUUUUUUUUUCAAUGUGACCGUAAUACUCCAUCCAUACUCCAUAUAGUUCAAAUAGUAAAGGAACAAAUUAUAAUAUACAUUCUUUUAAAGUCAUACCAUUAUUAAAAAGAACAUUUUUUUGGGAGGGGUGGAAAUUAGGUUAUGGAAAAAGUGACAAUAUCAUAGGAAUAAAGUCAAAAUAUUAAGAGAAAAAAGUUGUGAUUUUAUGAGCAUAAACUCGGAAUAUGAGAAAAGAUCAUGUAGAAAUAUUCAAGAAAAAUGUUAUUGAAAAAAAAAAAGUU